ACACCAUGGAUCAAAUUACGCAGACGUAAUUAGAGUUCCAUAGAGAGUGUCAUUAGGUGUUUCAAAUUAUAUGACACUAAUAUUAUCACGUUUUAUCUAAGUAGUCAAAGGAAUAUAAAUGUAAGAAGUAUUUCACUUUAACUUUCAAUUACAAAAUGGGUUGUUUGUGGUCUCACGAGUCUUCCGAACCCGAAAGGUAUGAAAGACGUCCAAAUUAUUCAAGUGGAAGUUCUCAAAGUUUUAGAACAAAUACUAAUACUAUAAAUGCGCAUACGCAGAUUAGUUGCCGGUCACAAUCAGUGGUAAAACCGAAAGCUUUAUUCGGAGAAUAUAAGUGUACUGCAUGUGGACGUUCUUGGACCAGUAGACUUAGCUGGGCUAAUACAUAUAGCCUUUGCAGCAGAUGUAACAAACCGGUCUAUCCGUUUAAUCAGAGAGAAUUGCGUCCCUCUGACUUUGUAAAAACACCAAGUGACAAUCAAGAACAUAAGAAGGAUCUUUGCCAGAUGUGCCAAAAGUUGGGAUACUACUGCGGAAAUUAUGGAAAAAAUUAUAUUAAAUCAAGAAAAUAAAAUUACCUUUCUCAU